AUGAGUGGUGCUGAAAAAGGAAGGCAAACGAGAAGAAAAGAAGAAGAAAUGUCGACGUCUUCCGGUGCCACAACAAUUCCCCAGGAGAAUGGAGGAGGAGCAGGAGCAGUGAGCAAUACCAACAAUCAGGAAGAAAUCGACAUCAAUUUGGAGGAUCCACAAGUUCAGGACGCUGCCAAGAAGAUUCAGAAUGUCUUCAGGGGAAAACGAUUCGGAGCGAAGGCCGCUGCACCAGUUGUCGCUGCGGCGGAUAAGCAAUAA